GCUGAUUGGUUGAUUUACGAUGAGGGCGGGUGCAUUCCUGCUGUCCGCCAAGCUGCAGUGACUUCAGCGUUAUGUGAGCAGCUGAUGGGGCAGAGGAGAGACUCACCUGGAGCUGGACUGUGAUCCACAGUGUUCCUGUUGAGACUAAGGCCAUCAAAGCACCAUGAAGAGUCUGAAGGCAAAGUUUAAAAAGAAUGAGAGUCAGGACUGGAGUAAGAGUGAUGAGAGGCUCCUGCAGGCUGUGGAGCAGAAUGAACCUGACAAAGUCUCAGCUCUCAUCGUCAAAAAGGGCCUCUGUCCCACCAAGCUGGAUGCUGAGGGCAAGUCGGCGUUCCACCUCUGUGCGUCUCGAGGCCGGCUAGACUGUCUGGAGGCCAUCAUCGCUCAAGGAGCGGACCUCACCGUCACUGAUGGUGCCGGCUUCAGCGCCCUUCACCUCGCAGCCAAAAACAGCCAAUCAGAGUGUUUAAAGAGACUCUUACAGGAGAGAUUAGCCGUCGAUUGCACCGACAGCAUUGGGAGGACGGCGCUUCAUCAUGCAGCAGUCAGUGGCUGCUUGUCCUGCACUGAGACCCUUUGGGACUUUAAAGCUGAUCUAGAUGUCCAAGAUGGGGACGGGGCCACACCUUUGAUUUUAGCAGCCCAGAUGAGCAGAGUGGAGCUGUGUGUCUUUCUCUUGGGUCGAGGUGCCAAUGCAAACAUACAAGACAACCAGGGAAGGUCUGCAUUGAUGCUGGCAUGUGAGAGCGACAGCGUUGAGACCGUAGAAGCUCUCCUGAGAGGCGGGGCCAACACACAGCUGAUCGACGCCCUUGGACACAAGGCCACCGACUACAGCGCAACCACGGGCAACCAGCGCAUCAUGCAGAUGUUGCAGGAGGGUGUACCUCCAGUUGAGCUUGACCUCUGCUUGUCUGUGAACCCCACUCCCACCCUCACGCAGCCCUCACAAGUCCCCUCGGCCGCUUCGUCAGUGCAAGGGGGCACUACCCCCCGCAAACGGAAAGCUCCUCCGCCACCUCGCUCUCCUCUCCAGAUCCAGGGUUUGCCACCCUCUCCUCAACCCCGGAACCCUGCUCCACCUGCCCAGUCCCCCGAGCCCCCGUCCCAGUCUCCUUCUCCUCAGCCACCAGAAACACAACAACCGGCCCAGGCGGAGGAUGAGGAGGUGUUUGAGGAGAUCCGACGGCUGCGUCUGGAGAGAGGCCGUCUGCUGCAGAAGAUCAAGGCCUUGGAGCAGCAGCAACAGAGCGCCCUCUCUGCCUUGGAGGAGUUGUCCCAGCUAAAGCAGCGUCUGCAGGAGGCAGAGGCAGAGAGGGACAAGCUGCUGGAGGAGCUGAAGGGAGGUCAUGGUAUCGGGGCCAGUGACUCUGAGGACAUGGAUGAAAUGUUUGACUUCCCAGAGAAGCUGCUCUCCAAGCGCUCCAGAGCCUCCCCUGCUCAGGAUGAGGCCACUUCUCAAGGGGACGCGGAGUCAGCCCGCCCCUCUCCUGCCCCUGCAGACCCAGGAACUGUUGCCGAGCUGCACAAACAAAUAGAGGAACUGACCUCACAAAACUCUGAGCUAGCCCUCAAAGUGCAGAUGCUGGAGAUGUUUGAGAAGGAUGACACGGACAUGCAGACCUCCAGCUCGGACUUUGUCCCCUUAGUGCAGUACGAGACCCUGAGGAAGGAGUUCGAAGCCCUUCAGGAGCGCCUCUCUCAGGCCCAGGCUUCAGACGAGGCCUCCAGCGUAGCGGAGGAGCGGGGUGAUGAGAAGUCUCAGGGAGGAGGUGCAGAUCCAGAGAGUACCGAGGCCCUGAAGGAGAAGCUGCGAGUGCUGGAGGAGCAGUUGGCCUCCUCCCAGUCUGAGCUGGAGGAGCUGAGGGAGCAGAUGCGCCUCGGGGUGCUCUCUGUGGAGUGUGGUGAAGGGGGCACUGCUGCGGCAGGUGGUGGGACUGAAGACGGUGGCCCGAGCCAAGAGGCGCAGCAGCUGAGAGCGAGGGUGACAGAGCUGGAGGAGGAGCUAGCUAGGAGACGGGGCGAGGCAGGGGGUCAGAGCGGCCAGGACAGUGACACAAUCAGACAGCUGACAGAGAAAGUAGAAGAACUCCAGGCAGCUCUGGAUCGCAAGGAGUCCACAAAACAAGGAGGGGAGAAAGACGGCGAAGGAGAGGAGACGGAAACGGUGAAGGGCCUCCGUGACAAAGUGUCUGAGUUGGAGGCAGCCCUGGCACAGAGCAGGACGUCAGGGAGAGAGGGAGGAGCAGGAGGAGAUGGAGAUCAGGUCCGACGUCUCCAAGAGCGAGUGGGGGAGCUGGAGGGGCAGCUGAGAAAGUGCGUGCCCCGCUCGGAGCUGGAGGAGGUGCAGGUGACUCUGGGGCUCCAGUGUGAGCAGCUGGCCAGGGAGAGGGCAGACGUGGCUCGGAGGCUCAACGAUGCCCUCCUGGACCUGGAGAGACUCAGGCCUCCCCCCCGCGUGGAUGAUGAAGAGGACGAGGAAGAAGAGGAGGAGCACUCGGAGAGCUCAGAGCCCUCAGUCAGAUCAGAUCAGUCCAGACGCUCCCUGGCAGCAGUGAGAGAAGAGCUGGAGGUGGCGAGGCAGGAAGCAGCCCAGGCCUUGGACUGUCUUUGUGCCGAGCGAGAGGGCCGGGCACAGGACGCCCUGCAGCUGAAAGACGCAGUGCCGCUCUCUAAACACAAGGAGGCGCUGUCUGCGGUGUCGGAGCAGCUCGCUCAGACACUGCAGGAGCUCCAGGAGGAGAAGACUCUGCGUGGUCGGGCUGAGGAGCAGGCGGCUGGACUGGAGGCCAAACUGCAGGCCAUGGAGGACGCCGUACCCAAAGAGGAGCAUGAGAAAGUGAAGGGAGAGCUUCAGCGCUCCCUGCAGGCCAGCGAGAGCAGUGCAGCAGCAGCUCAGGAGGCUCUGAGUGAGAAGGAGAUGGAGCUGAGAGAGCUCAAGUCCCAGAAGGCUGCAGAACAGGGUCUGAUCUCCAAGGAGGACUAUGAGGCCCUGCGGCUCUCGUUGCAGGCAGAGAUCAACGCCGCCACGGCUCGCUUCAACGACCUCACUCGCAAGCAUGAGAAGACCUGCACUGAGGUGUUCCAGGUGCAGAGGGAGGCUCUCUUUAAUAAGAGUGAGCGGCAGGUCGCGGAGUCCCAGCUGGCCACGGUGCAGCAGCAGCUGGCCGAGCUACAGGCCAAAUCCAGCCACAUCCAGGAGCUCCACAAGGACAUCCAGGAAUCCCAGGGCCUGGUCAAGGAGAAGGACCGCAAGAUAACAGAGCUGUCAAAGGAGAUUUUUCGGCUGAAGGAGGCCCUGGGCGCUCUGUCGCCGCCUCUGGGGAUCACCUCCUCCUCGUCCACCCAUCAUGGUAACCCUGGCCAACAAGUGGCACUGCAGAACAGGAUCGCCAUACUCAGCCAGCAGCUCCAGGACUGGGAGAGAAAGCACAAACAGGUGGUGACUAUAUACCGCUCCCAUUUACUGGCAGCUGUACAGGGUCGAAUGGAUGAAGAGGUGCAGAGCCUGCUACUCCAGAUCCUGAGGAUGUCAAAGCAGGGACACUGACACCAUAAGACAUCUGCGAGUGUCUCCCCGCCUCCAGUCCCAACACAGGAACCUGUGGGAUCAACGUCAUUGAGACCUUGUGUAGAAAGCCAAAUACAGCUGCUGAUCUGUGUUCAGACAUCUGCAUGUGUACAAUUACAGUAACAUAAACAACAGCCAGACAGGGACAUAAAUAGAACUGUAGAGUGCCUUCAUGGCUGGAUUACUGAGAUGACAGCAGCCUAUAUGUCAGGGGUUCAUGGCAGCAGAAAGUGAAUGAGCGUUGUUGUUUAGGAGAUUGAAUCAGGUGCAUUGAUUGUGUGACAAGCCUAUUGAUUUUAUAUAAUGUUGUUAUAAUAAAAAGCUUAAACCAA